AUGGCUUUGUGGGGGUUUUUUGGUGUAGACCUGCGUCCCUUGGAUAUUCUUGCUGAAGUGGUUCCUGUGAAUGGGGUGAAGAAUGGAAUACGGAUGAUCCAAAUCCAAGGGGCACGUGGCUUCCAGUUCUCUGCAAUGCGCCCCCGCUUCCUCAGUUUUCCAGCAUCACGGAUUUUCAUUUACUGUGAUCUCUUUCCAGAGGAGUUUUCCAUUGUAUUCACCCUGAAAGCAUUCCACAUGCAAUCUAAGAGAAAUGAAUACAUCUUUACCAUUUUGGAGGAAAACAGUGACACUUUGCUGCUUGGACUCCGAUAUUCACGGAAUAAGCUUCACUUCCUUUUCUGGAGCAGAGAGCUCUCCAAUGGCUGGCAGACACAGGUCACCUUCCGGGAUGUAUUUUUGGCAGACAAUCAGUGGCACACACUGGUGCUGGCAGUAUCUAGAAAUUCCUUCUCUCUCACUGUGGACUGCAGCAUCCCCACAGAUGUGAUUGUGGAUGCUCCUUUCCUUACAUCCUUGUCUGUGACAGGAUCCCGCUUUUAUGUAGGGAGCAGAAGGAGAAGAAAAGGUUUCUUCACUGGCUUAUUAAGGCAGCUAGUCCUCUUGCCAGGAUCUGAUGCUACCUCACGGAUGUGCACUGGCAUGAACUUUAAUCUAGCAGUGCUCUCCAUUCCCCAAAUACUGCAGGACCUCCCCGUGAAACCAGUGGGAAAUGAGCUGCUGAAAUACCCUUACGAAGCAGACAUGAAGGUGACUUUGGGGUUCAGCCCUCGCUGCACCAAGAGUGAAAGUGGCCAGUUCUGGUUUAAUGCUGCUCAGAAAGGACUGUAUGUUUGUAACGGGAAGGAAUGGAUUUCCUUGAUAGAAAUCAAAGAAAGGUUGGACUAUCUGGAAGAAUAUCAGAGCUUUGCUACAAAUUCUGAAACAAUGGGCAUUGCAGUCUUUAUCAUUCCCAAGGUUGGACUCUUUGCAGCAACUGCUAAUCGGUACACUCCACCUGGCUCAGCCAUCUACAAAUGGACUGAUGAGAAAUUUGUAGCUUACCAAAAUCUUCCAACCUACCAAGCUCAGUCCUGGAAAUUCUUCACUGUUGGGAAAAAGAUUUUCCUUGCAGUCGCUAAUUUUGAACAGAAUGAAAGGGGCCAGGAGCUCUCAGUAAUUUACAAGUGGAACUACAGAAAAGAGAAAUUUGUCACAUACCAGAGGAUCUCAACAUAUGGUGCUAGAGAUUGGGAGGCAUUUGUCAUUGAUGGAGAGGCCUUCCUAGCAGUGGCUAAUCACAGAAGAGGGGAUAACCACAAUAUAGACAGUGUAAUAUAUAGGUGGAACUCCAGAACAGGACUUUUUGAAACCAACCAGACCAUUCCUACCUCAGGAGCCUACGACUGGGAAUUUUUCACCGUUGGGCCUUAUUCCUUCCUUGUGGUGGCCAACACAUUUAAUGGAACAUCCACCAGAAUCUACUCUCACAUCUACAUUUGGUUUAGUGGAGCCUUCCAGCUCUUCCAGUCAAUCUUGACGUUUGGUGCUGCUGACUGGGAAGUAUUUUGCAUCCAAGACAGAGUCUUCCUUGCUGUGGCAAACAGUCACAGCUAUGACAGUGGACCUAUUGCCCCAAACAACUAUGCCAUCAAUUCCUCCAUCUAUGAGCUUAACGUGACUGCACAGAUGUUCGUCAAAUUCCAGGAUAUUCUUACUUACAGCGCUGUGGACUGGGAGUUCUUUUCAGUGGGAGAAGAUUACUUUUUGGUAGUAGCAAAUUCCUUUGAUGGUGUAACCUUCUCUGUAAACAGUAUUAUUUACAGAUGGCAAGGAUAUGAAGGGUUUGUAGCGGUUCACCAUCUUCCAACAUUUGGCUGUAGGGACUGGGAAGCCUUCAACACUACAGCUGGCUCUUACCUCAUGUAUUCCAGUGCAAAAGAACCACUCUCCAGGGUGCUGAAGCUGAAAACCCUUUGA